AUGAGGGUGAUAUGGAUAUUAUUCAGCACGUUAUUUAUGAUAGCAUGUUCACAGAAACGUAAGUUUAAACAUUAAUUAUGGAUAAUAUUGUAGUAGCUUUGAAAAUAGGUUUAAUAUGAUAAUCCUUACUAUUAAAACGGAAGCUAAAUGCUAUUUUAUACUUUUGUUUAGCUAUUCUUUUUAUAAUCUAUUCUCAAUAUGCAUGUUAAUCUAUCUUAUACUUUUUAGUAGCAAAGAGAUCGUGUCCUGAACAUUUUCUGAAUGGAAAAACAAAAUCAGGGGUAUAUUCAGUGGGAGAAGAAGAUGGAAGAGCAUACAAAGUGAUGUGUAAGAUGCCACAGAAUUCUGAAGGAGAUUCGGAAGUGCGCACGGUAAUCAGAACGGCAUUGGAGAGAUGGAUGGCAGUUGGAUCUGAUCCUCAAACUGUUGGAUUUCAGUGAGUUUGUUAGGAAUUCUUUGUUGUGUUAGCUGUAAAUUAGUAUUUUUUACUGUUUCUUAUUUGAAGAGUUUUAAAUAUUGAGAAAAAGGAGAUGAAAUAGUGAAAAUAUUAUGUUGUAGUAAGUUUUUUUGUGGGGUUUUUUCAUGAAAAUCACCAUAAAAACUUUAAAAAGAGUGUAGUAAGCAAACCUAUUGCAUAACUAAAUCAGUAUCUUUCUUUAUAACUUAAUUAUGAUCACGCGUAAUCUUAAAACAUUGCAGAAUCAGAGAUAGAUCGUAUCUUCGGCGUGUGAUCGAACCGGCUGAUCAGUGUGGCCAAAAACUUUGGGUCAAGUGGCCUGAAUUUAAUGGGAAUCUUUCAGAGACGUACGUUGUAAUAUUAAAUAUUUGGAAGUUGUGUUAGUCAUCGUAUAUAAUGUAUGCAAUUGGCAAUGCGGCUAGUUUUUACUUGCUUUGCGCAUAUAUAAUACAUAAACAGUAUUUUUAUAAUUAUACAAAAAUGCGCUGAUACUUGGUUUUAUUUUCAAUAUUGUUUUAGAUAUUCAUUCACAAUUCAAUCAGUUGCGGGAAUUGAACAUACGAUAGAAUGGAACGGCACACUGGAAGCCUACGAGCAAAAGCUUGAUCUUGCCCACACAAAAGCCGGUAUUCUUCAUAUUAUCCCUCAUGGAGCUCCGAACAACUUUACUUCUUCAAUCAGAAUCAAGGCUUCUCCGUUGGAAUGUCAAGAAGCUUUGUGGCCACGAAAAAGAUCUUGCAAAUUUGACAUGAAUUCAGCAUCGGACAGGGUCAGAAUAGCUGUUACUGGCUACAGAAAACUCAGUUUUUCAUUCAGAACGGAACGACCGAGCGAUAGAUUGGCCACAUUUGAAUCUGCGAACGGAAACGUCGAAGUUAUGCUUAUUGACGGUGAGUUUUUGGAUGAAAUUUUUAGGUUUACUUGAACGAUAUAUGGGUAUAAACAUGGGUUGCUCUGUAUUUUAGUCUAGUUUUUUAUUUAUAGGCUACCUCAUUCAAGUUGGUCAACAGAUCUACCCUCUCGGACUUCUAGCCGACUCCCACUGGCACACUUUCACUUACGACCCAAGCACAUUGUCCUUCACAAUCGACUACAGUGAACCAAUCAGUAUCGGAGUGUCAGUGACCACCAUUCAAUUGGCCUUUAACGGCCAAAUCGGCGCUUUCCGCAAAGAUUCGGCCGAAUGGAUGUGUCAAGGAGCACCGGAAAUUGAUAUAAAGUUAGCACAAGAUACAACAAGAAGCCUUUGUUCUCCAACUCAACCAGGAUAUUGUUAUUGUAAAGGACCUCAGUCGGCUUUGAGCAAACUCAAGAACAGGAAAGUUGAAUGUUUGCCAAGACCAGACUUGGAAAAGGCUUUUACAAUUUUCAGAGACCCCAGAAAGUUGUCUUUCUUUUAUCUACCAGAAUAUACCAGCGUACAGCCAAUCUCCGUACUGAUUAAAACUGAUUCUGUAAGUUUUUUCUGACUAAGAAUUGAUUUUUUAAAUUUUUUUAAAGGCUACAACUUAUUUUUUAAAAAUCAGUGAAACUGCCAUAAAAAAUGUUGAAAAAACAUAUUUUUUAAUUACUUUUAGUCAUUUUUAUAUUAUUUUGAAUUUUUAUAUGGCAUGAAAAACUGCAAAAAGAAGUUAGGUCUUGGCCGGGGUCGAACCGGCGACCUUCUGCGUGUGAAGCAGACGUGAUAACCACUACACCACAAGACCGCUGACUCUCCUCUCUUCCUUUGGAAUAUGAGCGUUCGCUUUCCCUUUCGUCCUUGUGUUCGCUCGCUAAACUUAUGUUUUUUGCUUGCAACUUGAUGUUUUUCCUUUGAAAAUUGAUGUUUUUUGUUUGUAAAUUGAUAUUAUACUUUAAAAACUUAUGUCAUUUUUUACAGAACGUGGGACUCAUCUUCUUUGGUCAACAUAAUCGAUCGGAAUAUGGUUUGGAACGCUUCCAAGUUCAAUUCGAAGGCGAAAAAAUGGUUGCUGGAGCUUGUUCAAAGCUCAGAAAGCCUGAUCAAACGUGCUUAUCGUGCUCAAUCAUUCGACCAGGUGGAUACGCGACCAACUCAUGGAUCAGAGUUUCUUUGUUUUACUACCGAUCGACUGCAUAUCUCAGUGUAGAUGAUCAAUUAUGCGAAUUGACUGUAGAUGCAAAGAAAAUGGAUGAAUCUGACCUGUACUCAAUGUCAAGUGCUGUCAAGGCAGUACUGUUUGUGGGAGGAGGAACGUCUUACUCUAAAACACUUUAUAAGCAAGAAGAACUUAUCAAUGACAACUUCCGGGCUAAAUUUUUCGAAAACACGAGGGAAAAGGCGCCAUCUUUGAGAGUAAGCUCAUAUUUUCUUUUAUUUAUUUUUAUAAAUAAAGGUUUUUUUUAGAUUCUUUAAUAGAUCCAUUUUAUAAAUUCAUAUGAAAUAAUAGAAUUUUGAUAAAAAAACCUACAUAAAUUUUAAUUUCUGCCUUUUUAGGGUUGUAUUGCUGACUUGAGAGUUGGAGGAACUCAAAUGGAUCUUCAUGAUGUAUUUUCAACACAACAAAAGCACGUUGUUAACGAUCAGAAGAAACAAAGGGACUUGUUUUCUAUCACGGUAAGACCUCUUUUUACUUUUGUACAAUAAUUACCUCUUUUCAAUUUCAAUUGGGUGUAAAAAUACAGUAAACCGAGGUAUUAACAAUAUUAUUUUAGCCCGGAUGUGUUGAAUGCGACAAGUUAGAAACCAAGUGUCAUGGAGCUCGUUGUCGUCUUCCCACAGCUUUUGUCCUCAACUCUUUCCGAAAACAACCAGAUCCCAUCUGUGAUUGUGCGGACAUCUUUUCUGAUAUGAAUGAACUGAACGGAGAAUGCAAAGUUGAAUCAAGACAACAGACAACCACAAAGAAGACAUCGCUGGCAUUGUCACGGCCAGAAGGUUCAGUCCAUUUAGAAGCUCGACCAAAGUUCUUGAAGUAUUCGAAGAUUCAGAAGAUGUGGGCCUUGAUCCGGUUCCCUCAACAUUCAGCUGGCAUCGUGUCAGUUCUUGACUUUGGAAGGGUUAGAGUUCUCGUAUCUAAUUAUGGACAAACUGUCUACAUAGAGGAUGAGAGCGGAAACAAAGAAGGUACGUUUUCACUAUUGCUGGCUUGUCAUAUAGUACUAGACAUAUUUUUCUAUAUUUUUGGAUCAAGGGUAUAAUUUUGUAUAUUUUCCAGAAUUUUACGUUGAUCCAAGUGACGAAAGACUUCACCUUGUGGCCAUUGAACGGAACCCUUACGUAGGAACAAACUCAGCUGACCGAUCAUUAAGUUUCCGUGUUGAUAACGACAUCAGAGUGAUUCAAAUUGAAAUCUUCCCUAUUGACGAUGCAUCCGUAGCCGAAAUUCACAUUCAGAAGUCAGGAAACGGAUUUGGUGGAUGUUUAAGUGGUAAGUGGACUUUUGAUAUAACCAAACUAUAUGUGAAUAACUAUCACAACAAGGUUAUAUUGAUGUUAAAUCAAAAAUCAUUGUUUCUGUUUUAGAAUUAUCCAUUUCUUUCGACUAUGACGACAUGAUCACUGGUACACCAAUGUCUGAGAACAAAUUGGACCAGUUCGAAGUCUUGAACGAAUUGAUCGAACGUCCGGAACGACCACAUUCUGUUGAUGCUUUAGCUAGAUACUACGAUGAAUGUGGAAUCAGGGAUCCAACUCUUUGGGAAUCAAGAUCAGAACCUUUUGGAAAUGUUGGGGCUUUUGAUCCUGACAAUGAUCUUGAUCUGUCUUGGGGUAGGUUUGUCGAAAGCUUUUUGUUCAUUCAAAAAUUUAUUGGCUUCUGCAGUUUGCUUUGUCAAACUUGCCGUUUUGAGACCAGUAUACUUAUAUUAAAAUCAAUAAUUCCUUUAAUUUCAGCCGUCCAUAUCGUAUUUGUCCUCCUCAACGCCCUCGUCAUCUUCACUGCCAUCUUUAUCUGUGGAUGCUGCAUCUUCUGUUACUACAGAAACCGAAAACAUGUCUACAAAACCGUGGACAAGGGCUACGUAUCAGCCGAAGAGUAUAUCAAGCUGUUCAAGGAGAUUGGCGAAGAAGAUUCGAAUUCAGAAGACGACUCCAUCCCUCGAGGCAUCCCUCCACUCGAUGAGAAUCCUAUCACGGACAGAAGAAGCCCAUUGAGCCUGAAGAAGGUCACUUUCAAGAACACCCCUACCACCAUCCAAGUAUAA